GGCGAUAGAGCGCACAAAUUGGUUAGUGAGGAUGCUCUUUUUCUUGCUUAUGACCAUCUUCUACCCGGUGUUAGCCAUCAUACUCUGGGCAGCUCCGUCUUCUAGGGUUGCUAGAAUCCUCCGCUCUCCGUGUGUGAUGUUCACAGGGAAGAUGAUCUCACAUGCCCUGUUUCUCAUGUUCAUCCUGGUCGCAUCUCUGGAGCAUCCAACUAAUCGAAAGUUGACUUCAUAUGGCGCCUUAAAGAACGCCAGCUACCGUCAUCUCAGCACCAACUGCACAAGUCAGACGCUUUGUGACUUUGCCGUGCGCUCGUCCGAGUUUGAGGUCAUAACAAUACUCAUUGGGCUUUGGUGUGCUGGCUUGUUUUGUCAAGAGGUUCAGGAGUUCUACAAGGGUGGUGUGUCCGGCUAUUUCGAUUCCAUCUUCAACUACAUGGACACCGCCGUCAUUGUGCUGUACCUCGCCUGGGCCAGCCUCAAACUGGUGACAGUCCAUAAGGUGAAGAUUUCUCUGGAGUAUUUCUCCCACGAUAUAUCCUGGCACUACCUCUCUCAACAACAGGAGGAGGCACAGCUUCAUCUCUACUGGUUAAUAGCAGAUCGAUACUACUGGGAUAGUUACGACACGGAGAAUGUGAUGGAGGCAGUGUUUGCUAUAGCUAAUAUAAUCAGCUUCACUAGAGUCAGCUACAUCUUCCCAGCUGAUGAGCUUCUGGGUCCUCUUCAGAUCUCUCUGUCUCGAAUGGCCACGGAUAUUAUGAAGUUUGUGGUUAUAUUUAUGGUGUUGUUCAUGGCCUUCUUUGUGGGCCUCCAUAACCUGUACUGGUACUACCCACCUACAACACGCAUGGCUUGGGAACUCACCUCACACAACAUCACCACGAAGGCCGAGAAACACUUUGGCUUACAUAAUCAAACUUUUAUGACGGUCUUUUGGGCAACGCUCGGACAUUCGGACAAUACGGCAGUUGAACUUGGGGAAUUCCAAAAUGUUUUCACUGAAAACGUAGGUUAUUGGAUAUUCGGGGCCUACAACAUCGCUAUCGUCAUCGUCCUGCUAAACAUGCUAAUUGCCAUGAUGACCCGAUCCUUCGACAUCAUCCAGUCGGAAGCCGACACGGAGUGGAAAUUCGCCCGCAGCAAACUGUACAUGGAACACAUAAAAUCCGACUGCGUCUUGGCGAUCCCCUUUAAUCUUAUCCCUUCGCCAAAGACCUUGCUCCAUCUGGGCCGCCGUAUUCGGGACUGUCUCAUUCCCAAGGACGACCCUGAACCAAUGUACCAGGGGCGAGUAAGGGAUGCGGAGAUGUUUCAAAAUGUUGCAGCUUUACCGGGGCGUCGACCCAUUGCGAUGACUGCAUCUAAUGAGGUAAGGGACGUGGGAUCAGGCAUCGAGACCUUCCGCAUGGGUUUGUCCACCUCUCUCGUCCGCAAUGACACCGUCGACAGUUUCGCCAAUGGCAAACUAACAUACAAGCGUGUGAUGAACAGAGUGAUACGUCGGUACCUCUUCGACAUGCAACACGGAGAUGGUGACGAGGACGACACGAACCAAGACGUAUCUAACUUCCGUCACGAGAUUCUCACGACACUUCACGAGACAAGAAAGGAGGCGAGUGAAAUGUAUGAGGAUAUGAAAGAGAAGUUGGAUCGAGUUGCCAGUGACCUUCUGGUUCUUGGUAAGGGGAAACCACCACUGAAUCGCCAGUGAAUCUGUAGAUGAUUGUGUUUCUGAUUUUCAGGCUACAUUCCUCGAGCCGACAUAAAAGGCAUUGUUUAAUGUGUGGUUACAAAAACCAGUAUCUAACUGCUUGACACAUUUACUACACGAUUUAAGGUUAUAAUCAAUGGUUUCAUAUUGCUGUCAUAUUAAUAUCAACAAGUUAACCCUUGACCACACGUUUGGAUAGUGUUAUGGAAUAAUAUUUGAUUCUGAUUAACUAUGCUUUGAAAAAUUCAUCGUAUGGCUC